UACUCAUAGUCUUCUGAAGCGACACGCUGGAGCUUGAAGUUCCUAGCUAAGCAUGCUCAGCAAGAUGGAGUGUGCUAUGCUCUGACUGAAUCAUCGGGAAGCAGACGAAGAUGACCGAGGGCAAUCACCUCCCUCGUGAGCUGCGAGUCCUCGCCAAGCAUCUGGGGCCCCGGCUCCCUCACACAUGGUCUGGCCAUAUCCGGCAUCUUGCUCUAACGGGCUGUUCGGAUGAGUGCGCGUUGCAGAAGUUCGCGCGUCCAAGAGCGAACAGUAUGACUUGAAAAUGAAGUCGCACCGCAAGAUGAGCCUGCUCGGCAGGUAUCGCUCUGUCCUCGGGACCGCCCAUCCUCAAGCCCUCUGUAUCACUUCUUCCGCCAGCCCGAAUCAAGCGGUCCUGCACAAAAGGCUCACAACGAUUCCGACCCGCGUCCCCAAGACUGACGCGCACAGCGAUCCGGAGCGGUCGUGCGCAGGCCACGCGCUGUCAAUGAGCGCGUCGGCCGUGACCCAUACGUCUCCUGCGCGUCCUUGUUACACUGCGAUCGCUCGGCGCCUCCUCUCAGCGCCCGUCGCGCGCCGCGCGUCUCGAUCCCCUCUCGACCCAGAGAACGAUGACGGCUGGUGCGCUCCGCACGAGUCCGACGUCCUCGGGGCGGUCGAUGUUCCUAUCGUCGCACUAGUCGAGGUUGACUACCCCUUGCGAUGCGCGGCGUACUUCCUCGCAAGCAACCUAUCGCUACCCACACGCCGCGCUCGUCGCAUGUCCGUCCUCAUCGCCCCCCAGCUCCCCCCUUUUCAACGCAUUCCUCCAACCACGGCGCAGAACGACGAGGAACGCGUUACGAAGGCGGCCGUGAUCGGCGAACGGCGGACAGCCUUGUCUAAGCGUCGGGCCAGAGACGCGCUCGCUGCGCCGAAAGGACGCGCGUCGCACGUCUAA